CUAUAAGAAUCGGAUUUUGAUGUUGUGCAGCAGCCUACUCAAGAUUCGAACAGAAUUGAGUCAUCAUCUGCAUUUGAAGGCAACACAUUUAUCUUAGAAAAAGAACUACACAAGCAAUACAUGAAGUCGAAUUUGUUAAAACGUUGUCGUAAAGGGCAUGAGAAGCAUAACACGCAAGACUGCUCCAACGUUACAAAAAAAAGGAAGGAAUACUCUGCAAGUGCAUGUGAAAGCAAUUUGAAUGAGAGUGCAACAGAAAAUAGUGGUGUCUUCUCAAGUGCUGGUCCAUCAACUAAGUUAUUUGGUGAGAUGCAAGACAAACCCAAUGUUACAAAAAAGAGGAAGGAAUGCUACACAAGUUCAGGGACAGCUGAUGCGGCAAAUGAAAGCUCACUCGUCACGUGGCAGAAAGUGGGAUGGGCAGAUGGGGUAACUGAUGGUGUUGUAGGAGCGCAAAAAGAGUCGAGUGAGCCUGAUAAUCUGAAGAAAUUAGUUAAAGCGAGAACUCCCUUUGGAAAGGACUAUUCGCUUGCUGAGAAUACCUUUAAAGAAGCUAUUAAUUUGAAACAUUCAGCUGACCGUUUAAAGAAUGGAGAAUCAGAAGUUGAAGUUAGUGGAAUAUAUCUUCAUGCGGCCUUACAAUUUCUACUUGCUGCAUCGAUGUUUGAGGUUCGUGACAUGGGAAGUGCAGAACUAGGAGAAAUAACUGAGUCAACAGAGAUCUACAUCGACACACAAAAGAUCUUGAAGCAAUGCGCCAUUUCCUUUGAGAGUAAUGGGGAGACUGCUGCUGCCGCUCUUGCAUACAAAUGCAUGGAAGUAGCAUAUAUGAGAGUGAUAUUCUCUAUGUGCUCGCAUAUACGUAGAGACAGUCAUGAAGUACAGGCAUCUCUUCAUGGUCAUCCAUUCGGCCAAGAACCAUCGCCAUUGUGUGCUAUUGCUGUAAAGAAUGUACGUGAGGAUGGCACACCCCCUGUGACUGAAGCGAAGGGGGUCAAGCCGCUUGCCAGCAGACCUACUUGUAGCAGCCUGCAACUCCUUGAUUAUGCUGAAUAUGUGAGUUCUGCUAUGGAUGCAACUCAGAGAUCUCUAUCAGCAUUGAAAGCUGCUCAGUGGAAAUAUGGAUUGCAAGGCAUCGCAGCUGUGAAAAAAGCACUUGAUUUUCACUUCCAUGAUAUGGAUGGAUUCCUACGCCUGGUCCGGCUAGCAUUAGAGGAGAUCAACAUGUAAACCGUCCAUCACAAAGAUACAAAUGGAUGGGAAUCUCAGCAUUCGUGGAGACAUUGUACAGCGGCCCACAUCUGUGAAUCCAAAAUUUCAACCUCCGGCUAUAUAAGUAUGUAUAUAUGUGUAUGAAAGCGACCUCAGCAUCGAGUUGUUUUUUUAUUUUUUUAUUUAUUUUAUUUUUUAAAUGCAUGGUGAAAGCCUGAAUGCAUGUAAAUUGUUAUCUCAACUGUAAAGCGAUUCUUUGGCAUUGGUAAGAGAAAUUCAAUCCCGAAAUGCGGCUGUUACAAAUAAUGUAUCAGUAUUGUACAGAUAUUCUUUCUAUAAGAAAUAAAAUUUCAAGUUUCCCACAGAAAACGUACUAGUUUUUAUGUACGAAGAGGAAUUCUGUAUUGGAUGUGGCCUUUAUUUUUGCAUGCUCUUCUUUCAAGUUCUUAACAAGUGUGGCCCAUGGGGGACCUUGUGUCCCUACCAUGCCUCAAAAAUAUCCUUGAUAAGAUGAUCAUAAACUUUCAAUUUUUGGGCUACAGAUAGUUAACAAGAGAAAAACAAAAACAGUCUACAUUUCAAAUGAAAGAGGUGCGCUCUGGCAGCAUUGGUUCCACUGUAAGCUGAAUGGUCUGCUUUACAGAGUCUUGGUUUUUUUUUUUUUUUUCGUACCGACCCAUUUUGACUGUAGCAUAUGAGGAACUUGAGUGGAGCAAGCUCCUGAGGCAAUUUGCUAGAAUUAAAGCUUUCAGGGUAUUAGAAUUUGAGCUUUCAGGGUCCUGGUAGACCAUUGGCGCCUUCCCUUUAUUCUCAGACCUAAUCGGUUGUUGGUUGGAGGUUACCACUUUCGCAAGAGGCCUUUCCUUCGCAGCUAAUGGUGGACUCUUGUUUGCAGUCCCUUUAGUUACCAUGGCCGCUGUCGAGCUGGUUACAUCAUGAGUGACGAUGGGUUGUUUUGCUACCCUUGAUGUGGGUGACUAACCUUUCGGGCGCUGCUUACCCUAUAUGAUAUGGUGACGCUUUGUUAUGACUUGGUUUUCUUCAGGUCAGCUGAUCGUUGUUAUCUCAGUCUGCAUAUAUUGAUGAAGGUCCUUGAAGGGACUCAGGUCGAUCCCCAUCACCUCUUCUACCUUUUUGGGGAACUUAAGAAAGUCUUUAUUGAU